UAUUGUUUGAUACAACCGAAUGCAUACGUAUCAGUUCACAGUGUUAGCAUUGGCUUUCAUGGAAAAAAGAAUCUCACAUCUGACCGGAGUUAUCCUGAUAAUGUGAGCGUGAGAAAUAAUAUUGAUGAGAUUCCAUUUACAAAUAUGUCUGAGAUUCCAGAAUCUAUUGAUAGCACUUUGAGGAAACCAACAUCUCUCAGAGCAUUCGUCGAGUUCUACAAUGGAUUCCUAAAUAAAGAAGACGACAUUUCUGUGACAUUCAGAUGGAACCAAUUUGAAUUUACAGACGAAGUAAUACAAGGAUACACAGUACAGUAUUGGUUCAUCAAGACCCAAAAACAGAUUCAAAUUUGCAAUGAUAAAAAUAUCUCAGCUACAGUAUUAAAGUGCACGGUGCACAAUCUAAAACCUAACACGACAUACUAUUUUCAAGUACGAGCGCAUACUAAAGUUGGUGUUGGCCCUUACACAAAUUUAUUUAAUGUAUCGACUACGCACGAAAAUCCGAUACCGAAAUUAUUGAUGAUAACGGGAAAUGAUAUCGAUAUAUGGGAUCUGGAUGCAAAAAUCAACGUUAAUCUCGUUAAGGAUGAUAAGAUAGUAAGUGUCGCUCAUUCGAUAGCGGAACAUAAAAUUUAUUGGAGCAACGAAGAGAGAGAACUAAUAAUAUUAAAAAUGAAUGCAAACAAUAUUUCAAAAAUAACUAAGUUUCAAAAUGUUGCGCGCGAUCUCUGUAUCGAUUGGAUAGCAAGAAAUCUGUACUGGACAGAAGAUGACGGAUAUAAAUCGUAUAACAUCAUAAAGUUCAACUUAACAAUGUGGAAAAAUGGCAUAGUCAAAUAUGAUAAGAUUUUGAAAGUAAAAACCGAGUUAUAUAAUCGCAAUUUUUUAAAUAUACUACCGUCUAUAGGGUAUGUUAAUUUUCGAUAUAAAAUAAAUAAACAAUCAAUAAAUCCAAGAGAGUAAAGCCAAUAAGAGCCCGUACGCGGUAUUUAUUGAGUAAAAGUUGUGUGCUGAUUAUUUAGCAAAAGAUGUUGAUGGUCACGAUAUAAGUUCGCAAAUAAACAUUAUAAAA